CCCCGCGGCCCCGCUUCCCCGCGCCCGGCCGGAGGCGGCGAGCGCCGGGAGGAUGCUGCGGCGGGCGCGGCCGGGCUGGGGGCUCGCCCUGCUGCUGGCGCUGGCGGGGCCGGGCUGGGCGGCGGGGCCCGCGGAGCGGAGCCGGCCCUACGCCGUGCUGCGGAGACAGAACCUGGUGCUCAUGGGGAGCAUCUUCAGUAUCCUGUUGAUCACCAUGAUCCUGAUGGCAGUGUGUGUCUACAAGCCCAUUCGACGACGGUAGCAGAGCAGGAAGAAUCGAAAUGGAUUGGUCACCUUGCUUGUGGAAAUUUUGCGAACAAAUCCCUGGUGCUCAAAAAUGACCCAUGCUAUGCAGCGACCAUAAAUCCAGCCUGAUUUGUUGUCUGAUUUCUGGCUUGUAAACCACUACGGCUGCUUAGUAAAGAGACUGAGAAGUAUUUUUUUUUCUCUAACAUGUAAUGUAACCAGUUGUUUCGCUUGCAGAAGCAUGCCUACAACUGCUUGGCUGCUCUCACCGACACCAUAGUUAGAAUCUGAAAAUCUCCUCCCAGAUCUCUAGCAAUUUGUAGCUCAACAGAGGUCUGUGUCUUCAAACAUGGGUGCCUAAAGUUAGACACAAAUAAAUGUGGUCUCAGUCUGGCAAAUCUUAUGUUCGUGACUGAUUCUAAGCAUUCAUGUUUGAAAAUAUUAGCUGUGAACUUCAGUUAGUAUUUGGCCUAACUCUGAUAAGAAAGGCUAGGAAUAUGUGAAGUAUUUUACUUUGGUAUUGCCCAUAGGAAGACUUUCUCACUUAGACUUGCUGUAUUUCUGAAUUCUGCUCUCAGUUCCUGGGUGGGACUAUUAUAUGAGUAACCCUCAUGAUACUCCUUAAACACAGCCUCUAAGUGAUUCUAACAUGAAAACAAUGUACUUUAGAUAAUGUGGUUCACGUGCCAUUUUUGGCAGCAAGGCUGAUUACAAUUUCUGCUGUUUCAAAUGUCAAAGUUUUCUAGAUCUAGUCUGUCAAAUACCCACUGGACUACAGUGUGGUGGUAUCAGAGUUAAAUGGAAAACUUUUUGAUUUCUGUUCUAAAAAUCAUCAUUUUGCAAGCAGGCAAAUGCAGUGGAUUCUGAUGUAUUGAUUGGUUUUGCUGUCUUAAGGAAUGCAACUCUCCACUCAAGCAUGAAGUCUUUUACCAGGUUUCUAGAGUGAAUCUUAUAAAAGUCAGUCAAAAGGCGAGGGCUUAAACAUGCUCUAGUCAUGAACUUGGCUUUGUAGGGCUGGCCUACGCACACAUUUGAACUGAAAUAAAAGUGUGAAUUAAAACUGAUUUCAUUAUUUUGGGGGCAUGUUGGUUUGUUACUAACUUUAGCUGCUUUUAUUCGGAAAGAAGUGUUGACACUCAAACUUGUACCAAAAUAGCCAUGUUGGUUUUAGGAAUCCAGUCCAAGUCAUGUCCUUAGCUGUAUAAUAGGCUUGGGUUCAGUAGAUGAAAUGACUAACCGUGUAAACUUCAGCCCCUUACAUAUUUCCAAGAAAGUCAGUCAUGGUUGAGAGCCUGCUUUAAUGAGAUUGAGGGACUGUUGCUUUCAAAACUUGUGGAAGUGUGUGUUUAAGUUAUGUGCAGCUCUCAGUUACGUGCAUUUUAUGUGAUGUAUUUACACUGGCAAAUCCCACUUGCGUAUAAAUGCUGCUGUUUAAUUUUGCACUGAUAUAAGUGUUGUUUGGAUUUUUCUUGUUUGAUAUUUAACAAAGGACUGCUUUGGUGGUGGUGGUGGUCAUUUAUUUUAGAAUAUUUUAAUUUCACGUGAGGAACAACUCCCUGCAUCUCUUCUGUUGUCUUCAACCUUCUGUUGUGGCUUUAUGUAACAUCUGCUGGUUCCAUUUUAUUUAAAGGGAUGAUGUGACUGCUGGUGAAAGUAGUGAUGACUCUUUGCUGCUUGUCUGUAUUGUAAUAAGAUGAUGUCCUGGUGUUUGUAACCUGCAAUUCCCAGCCUUUAAGUAAAAUAUGAGCUAAAGUGAGAGUAAACUGGUGAUAAGUUUUA